GCCAAAGUUCUCAACAUAGACAUACCUUUGUAAUGUCUGGGGGAAAAAACAUUUCAACAACUUAAAAGUUUAAACAAACGCACGACGCUUCACACAAAGCAUGUCAUCUCUAAAACUCAAACCUUCCCUUUGCUUGCUUUCAUAGUUCUUCGUCCCCAGUUUUUACAAGAGAAAAAAAAGAUCCCAAUCAGAAACAAACCCAGAGCUGGAAAACAUUGGAUUUCUCGAAUAGAGGCAAUGGACAAUGGAAGGGGAGCUGUUGGUUCGAGGAAGUCUGCGGAGAGGCCGUACAAAGGGAUAAGGAUGAGGAAGUGGGGGAAAUGGGUGGCUGAGAUUAGGGAACCCAAUAAACGGUCCAGGAUUUGGUUAGGGUCUUAUUCCACCCCGGUUGCGGCAGCCAGAGCUUACGACACGGCGGUUUUUUACCUGCGUGGGCCGUCAGCUAGGCUGAAUUUUCCCGACCUUUUGGCGGGAGAGAAACUCGUUGGCGAUUUAUCGGCGGCUUUUAUAAGGAAGAAAGCGAUUGAAGUUGGUGCCAGAGUCGAUGCUCUCGAGGCAGCUCAUCAUCUUCAUCCUCGUCAUGUUCAUAAUAAUUAUAAUCUUAAUCCCAAUUAUAAUCUUAGUUAUGGAGAAAAGUUGAAGCCGAGUGGCGGGUUUUUACAGCGGGUUGACUUGAACAAGAUGCCCGACCCGGAGGAUUCUGACGGUGAAUGGGAGAGCAAGUAGAAGGGAAAACAAGUUGAUUCCUCCAUCAUGCCCCUUCAAUUAUUAUGGUCACUGCUACUAUUUUUUUGGGGUCCUGUCUCUGCUUCUCUGGGCUCAGGAUGGGAGGGAAGUUGCUAACAUGCACCGCGGGCAGUAGAUAAUGCGCGCCGUAGUGGAGGUAAGGUAAGUUAAAAAAUGACGGCUGAAGAAAUGAUGAAGCCUUUGUAUUUUAUUAUUGUCCAAUUAAUGAAAAAUCAUUGGUUUUU